AGGCUGGCUGUUAAUUCCAUCUCAAUCUGUCAUCUUUGUCAGGCAAACGUGUCAAACGGUCGUUAUUUCGUGCUCCAGCCUCCAGCCUUGUGGGUGUAUGCAUUCAAGAUGCUUGAAAAGGAAGAACUGAGGAGACUGAAAGGGGAUAUCAUAUGUCCCAGACUGGACGUUUUUGACGGAAUUCAUGAGGAACUGGAGAAAGGGACGGCAAUUGGAUUUGAGUGUCCAGUUGGACAGGCCAGCGCUGAGCUCUUCCGGAAGCUGUAUGAAGAGGUGACAAGAACGACUCUGUCAGUGGAUACUUGCACUAAGGGCGGCAAGUUUCUGGCAUACAGGGCGACGUAUGUGUGCCAUCACAACGUCCGCGAUCGGGGUCGGAAGGCGUCUGCAAAGGACACUCAGUGCCCCUGGAGAUUGCAUGUGGUCUCCAAGACUAGGAGCUCUAUGUCGCGAAUCAGCGAUAAUCUGCAUGCAUCCUGCGGCCUGGUUGUGAGGGGCCUGGGACAUCACAACCACGCCACGGACAUUCCGGCUGCACUGAAACACCGAAGGGUCAGCGACGCGACCGAGGCCAAGCUCAAGAGCCUGUUCAGGCACUAUCAUUCUCCGAGCACGGCGCUGCAGACCCUCGACAUGGAGCUCAGGGAGGAGUGGGGGGAGGAGUAUCCUCUCAAGGCUGCCGAUCGCUCGCUCCUGCCAGAUCUUUCCUACGUCUACCGGUUCGUGUCCUUAUCUUUCCAUCCGGCAUAUCCGAGUUCUCAUCCGACAGUACCUAUACCUAUAUACGCCUGCCACAGUAAGCAGUUGAUAACCAUGCAGUAAUAUGACUACGCAGAAUGCUAGUCCUCCUACGCUCAAGUUCGAUUAAACUACGUCUCACACUAUGUAUCACCGGAUUAAUGCGAACUUCAAUAGGAACACGACUUCAAUCCUUUGCGUUUCCCAUGUAUUCCGUUUUUUUUUUUUUGUG